GAAGCCUCGCGAGAAUUGCAGGCGGCAGUGGCGGGAUGUGUGGGGGCUGUGUGAGCACCGAGUACCCGGAGCGGGGAACCACCUGCUUGGAGGGCGGAUCUUUCCUCCUCAACUUCGUGGGGUGCGCCGAGUGCGGCCGUCGGGACUUCGUGCUGCUCAGCAACCGGGAGGAGGGCCUGCACGGCGGGGAGGAGAUCGUCACCUAUGACCGUGCGACCUCUGCAAGAACUGUCACCACCUCAUUGCACGCCACGAGUACACCUUCAGUGUGGUGGAUGACUACCAGGAGUACACCAUGCUGUGCCUGCUCUGCGGCCGUGCCGAGGACUCCAUCAGCAUCCUGCCCGAUGACCCCCGCCAGAUGACCCCCCUCUUCUGAACCUGGUUUGUACCCCUGGCAUGAGUCCUGGGGUACUCCCAAGAUCCCCCUUCUCCAUCCCUGCCACAAGGCCCUGAGUGCCCCAAGAUCUCUCUUCUCUAUCUCUGGACCCCUGUCAGGGGAGUCCUGGGGUACCCCAAGAUCUCCUUCGCUGAUCGCUUGCACAGGGCCCUGGGUACCCCAAAACUUCCCCCCUGG